GGAGAAAUCUCGCGAGAGCUGUGUGACCGGGGCGGAGGUGGCUCCUUUUCCCGUUUCCUUCCUCCUUCGCGUUAGUUCCGGUCGCAGAGGAGACGCUGCUGCAGUUGCCGCCACCCCGGGGAUUUCUGGCUCUUUUCUCUUCGCCUUAAAUUCGGGUGUCUUUUAUGAAUAAUCAAAAGCAGCAAAAGCCAACGCUAUCAGGCCAGCGUUUUAAAACCAGAAAAAGAGAUGAAAAAGAGAGAUUUGACCCUACUCAGUUUCAAGACUGUAUUAUUCAAGGCUUAACUGAAACUGGUACUGAUUUGGAAGCGGUAGCUAAGUUUCUGGAUGCGUCUGGAGCAAAGCUUGACUACCGCCGAUAUGCAGAAACGCUCUUUGACAUCCUGGUGGCUGGUGGAAUGCUGGCCCCAGGCGGCACCCUGGCCGACGACAUGAUGCGCACAGAUGUCUGCGUGUUCGCAGCACAGGAAGACCUGGAGACCAUGCAGGCGUUUGCACAAGUUUUUAACAAGUUAAUCAGGCGCUACAAAUACCUGGAGAAAGGUUUUGAAGAUGAGGUUAAAAAGCUGCUGCUGUUCUUAAAGGGUUUCUCGGAGUCAGAGAGGAACAAGCUGGCCAUGCUGACUGGCGUGCUCCUGGCCAAUGGGACGCUCAACGCAUCCAUCCUCAACAGCCUCUACAAUGAGAAUCUGGUGAAAGAAGGGGUUUCAGCCGCGUUCGCUGUGAAGCUCUUUAAGUCCUGGAUCAAUGAGAAGGACAUCAACGCAGUGGCUGCGAGUCUUCGCAAAGUCAGCAUGGAUAACAGGCUAAUGGAACUUUUUCCUGCCAAUAAGCAGAGUGUGGAACACUUCACAAAGUACUUCACGGAGGCGGGCCUGAAGGAGCUGUCCGAGUACGUCCGGAACCAGCAGACCAUCGGUGCCCGGAAGGAGCUCCAGAAGGAGCUUCAGGAGCAGAUGUCCCGUGGCGACCCUUUCAAGGACAUAAUUUUAUACGUCAAGGAGGAGAUGAAAAAGAACAACAUCCCAGAACCGGUUGUCAUUGGGAUCGUCUGGUCGAGUGUGAUGAGCACGGUGGAGUGGAACAAAAAAGAGGAGCUCGUAGCAGAGCAGGCCAUCAAGCACUUGAAGCAAUACAGCCCUCUGCUCGCCGCCUUCACCACGCAGGGUCAGUCGGAGCUGACUCUGUUGCUGAAGAUUCAGGAGUAUUGCUAUGACAACAUUCACUUCAUGAAAGCCUUCCAGAAAAUAGUGGUGCUUUUUUACAAAGCUGAGGUCCUGAGUGAGGAGCCCAUUCUGAAGUGGUACAAGGAUGCACACAUGGCCAAGGGGAAGAGCGUCUUCCUGGAGCAGAUGAAGAAAUUCGUGGAGUGGCUCAAGAAUGCAGAGGAAGAGUCCGAGUCUGAAGCCGAAGACGGGGACUGAGUUUUGAACCUGCGUCCUCAGUAAAGCGAGCAGGGUGUAGAUAAAUGUCAUGUCUCAUGUGUCCUGGUUCGUACAUCUUCCUACCUCCCUGUAUCGAGCAUGAUAGAAGGGCUUUCGUGGCAAAUUUAUUUUAACUGUUUCUAUGGUUACUGGAAAUGUUGAGUUUAGUUCCUAAAACCAUGUUUUAAGUAUCACAGGAGCUGUAGAUUUGAAUCUAAUAUUGCAUUAGUCUCUUCAGUUCUCUUCUACCUCCUGUAUUUUCUACUGUAAUACUGUAAUUUAAGGCCUUCCACAAUGAACAGUUCACAUUAUUCCCUGGGUUUUCUAUAUAUACAGUUUUCAAAAUAUGAUUUGGUUAAAAUAAUUUGUUAUAAAAAUUCUGUUUGCAAAUUAAACUGUAAAAGUAUCCAAAUUCUCCAAAGCCGAUGAUUUGUGUGAUAAUUUGGUUGCCCAGAGAGCCCUGCUCGUCCCCGAACCGCUCUCAGUGGCCAAGUUCAUUAACACGGAUCCCGGAUGCCCGGGCACUGCCUGCAUGUUAGCGUUUCUUGCCUUCUUCGCCCCAGGUGUCUUUCAGUCCGGUUCUUUGCUGUCCGGUUUUCGUCCGUAGUGAAGCCGUGGAGGACAGAAGGUGGAGUCAGGUGGCAGAGGUGGGGAACCUUCUUCCCGUUGAGAAGCUUCUGCAGUCCGUUAACAGAUGGGUUUUCUUUCCAUGCAUCGGUUUUCAGCGUACCUUAGAAAAGCCUUAGCAUUUAAAUGUCUCACGCACAGAGUGCACUUAGGCUGACAGGAGAGAACUUCCGGAAAGGCGUUGGAUACUAAACUCGGAGAGCUAUUGACAGUGGCGAGAUCGGCCUGUUCCUGUAGGACCCUGCUUCCUGUGGCCUGGCCCGGUGGAUCAGCCGCACCCCUCCACACCUGGCUGGAGCGCUCCCCACCUGCCAGGUUCUCAUUGCUGUGAGCUAAACACUUCUAGACGGUUGAACUAGGUGGUUUUCAUGUCUGCCAUUUCAUUUCCUCUGUUCUUGCUGCUGCCCAUCUGUGUGGUUGGGGACUGUGGUCAUGGUGACCAUGGUGCAGGGUCUUCGCAGGCGAGAACCUAGCCCAAAACGGUGCCGCCAGAGACCGAGUAGAAAGUAGCCCUUGGAAAGUGCCAUUGACUUAGCCAGACCAGUGGUGUUGCCAGCUCGUCUUGACAGAGGACCGCGUAAGACGGCUGGAUCAAGGUCUAAUGCCCUUAAGAGCAGUAGAACUGGCUGCAUUGUGAAGGGAGUCACAUUGUUAAAUGAGUAGCUUGGACUAAGUUUUCAUGCGCUGGCAAAAAUGUAUUCACUAGAUUUCUACACCAUGCUCUGCUUUACUUUGUAAUUUGUAGUUCUCAGAAGACUUUUUUUUUUUUUAAAUAAAGUCCAUCCUUACACGUA